AUUUCUCGCGCCUUGGUAUUAAAAAUCGCGCGAUCGGGGGCUCUCCAGAAAAGGAGUCAUGGGACGGUCGUUGUUGGAAGGAGGUAUCAUUUGAAUGCGAAAGAUUUUUUUGAGAAAGGUUUCUCGCAAACUGUUCCAAACGGUCACAAUUAUGUUACGUAAGUUGCACUACGAGUACCGGUACGGGAUUAACCUGACCAACUCUUUUUGGCAGGAACAGAGAUUCCAGUCCUUUUUACAAAGUUUGAAGUGGCAUGAAAGCAUUUGCCGUAACAGAUACAACCCUUAUGAAUAAUAGCGAUCGAGACAGCAUAAAGAUACUCAGUCACUCCGAAGCUGUUCGAGAGAGAAAAGCUGAACUCGAACAACUGAGAAGACAGUCGUUGACUACCGGUCAUGGUAAGAGUUGAAUGUGUCAAUUUCCAUACCACUUCUUUUGAUAUCGACAUCACAUACCGAUUUCGAGGCUCAUUUCUCACCUCGUACUGGCUACAUUGUCCGCUAUUUCAYUUUAAAACGGUUAUAAAUAUAAAUCGUGAACAAACGAUKGCAAAUACUGCGACUUGAACAGCUACUAGAUUKCGAGAUGCCGAAGCACCGGUAGAAUCGAAUUUYAACAACUUCACGGAACAACAGCGGCAAUUUCUUCGAAAUGAAAAGAACAAACAAAAAGAAGCAAAAACGUACCUUAAUCGCUUCCGAGGAGACCCGGAACUUGACAACUUUACCGAACUACAGCGACAGAGCAUUCAGAACGAAAAGAACCAGCAAAAGGAAGCAAAAAUGUAUCUGAACAACUACCGGGGAGACCUGAAACUCGACACUUUCACGGAGCGACAGCGCAGGGACAUGCAGGAGGAAAAGACCCAACAAAAGGAAGCGAAAACCUAUCUCAACAAUUACCGGGGAGACAACAGCACCCUCCUAGAUGUUAUUUACCAGAAAUUAUCCAUGUCGAGUAUCAACUCACUAGCACGAGAUUGUUCAAGAAUUGAAAGAAACGACUCAGCAAUCAUCACACACGAGCUUGCUGGUGAAAGCGAGAGAAUCAACGGGGAGAAAGCGAGAAGAAUAUAUUCCCCGCAGCUGUCAGMUCACAGGAAUUUCUUUGAAUCAUCGAAUUUACSACCAAAAUCACCAGUUAUGCAUGGUUCAGAGGUUGAACCAUUGYGUGAAGGAGAUGCCAGCGGCGGGGAUUCUCRACCGCUAUACUCCGAUUGCGACUUGAACUCCUUGCCAGGAAAAGAGAUCGAAACAACCGAUCGGUCGUUCUCACCAGAGACGAGCAGGCAAGGGGAUGYACCGAUCCGGMAAAGGGCUGCAUUUUCGACAAACGACCAUGCAAUUGCUACGGAACGGGGAAACUGCAACGAAUACAACAGUAGCACUUGUGAAAGAAUAACGAAUGAUGUCCCUAAAUCAAACAUCCGACCGCACCAAGACGAUCUCAAUCUCGAAGAUAUUAACCAAAGAUUCACUGAUACACUUCUCGAGCUGCAGUCUUCUGCACAAUUUGACGAAAACGACGACGGCAAUAAAUCCAUGGCACCGAAUAAUGGAAACGAAGAAGGAGUACGCAAUCACGGAUAUGACAUCAACAGUAACAGUGAUAAGUCCAAGCCCCCCAAUGGUAAUAAUAGUACCAUGUAUGAGUCGGAGAGCAAACGUGUCAUCGASGAAGAUUCAAAUCAUCGCUUUGUUGCUGCGCUACUCGAGCUUCAAUCUUCGGCCUACUUCGACAAGUACAAAGACGGCAAUGAAGCGAUGAACACGAAUCAUAUCAACAACGAAAAUAGCAUGCGCAAUCACCAGCAUGCCAUACGCGGCAAAAGCGAUACAUCUGAAUUUUGUGAAUCUAACGUUGGUACCAUCCACGGAUCAAUGGGCAAGAAUGUCAUAGAGGAAGAUGAGGCGAGCAAUCGUCCGCCCAGCACCAGUAUCCACAGCGAUAUCCCAGAAAGUCCCUAUUGCGACGAUGACACCGUCGAUUCUGCGACGGGARGUUUGGCUCUCCAGCUAGCGGUYAGUGGCAAAAGCAAACAAGUGACAGAAAAUAAUUGUUUUGCUUGCACCAYUAUGUAAGCUUCCUUACUCCCGUAGCAAGGAAUCCCUGUGAUCAAACAACAAUCCAAACGAACCUCAASAGAAAAGAACAACCAAUAGAAUAUYACAUUAGAG